UUCAGAGACAGUUGCUCAGCUGAUUCCUGAUCCAGACUCGCCUCUCUACGAGCGCGUGCAGCAGUACCGCCAGCUCCUUGAUGGCCUGCCCAUGGAUGCCUACACGCAUGGCUGCAUCCUCCAUCCAGAGCUCACCACCGACUCUAUGAUCCCAAAGUACGCCACCGCAGAAAUACGUAGACACUUGGCUAAUGCAGCGACCGAGCUCAUGAAGCUGGACCACGAAGAACCUCAGCUGACAGAACCCUACCUGUCCAAGCAGAAAAAGCUAAUGGCAAAAAUCUUAGACCAUGAUAAUGUGAACUACUUGAAGAAGAUCCUGGGGGAGCUAGCCAUGGUUCUGGACCAGGUGGAGGCGGAGCUUGAGAAAAGAAAACUAGAGUAUCAAGGUCAAAAGUGCGAGCUGUGGCUUUGUGGACCUGAAUUUACACUAGCUGAUAUCUGCCUUGGAGCCUUGUUGCACAGGCUCAAGUUCUUGGGACUUUCUAGGAAAUACUGGGAGGACGGCAGCCGGCCCAACCUGCAGUCCUUCUUCGUGCGCGUGCAAAAACGCUACGCUUUUCGAAAGGUCUUGGGCGACAUCCACACGACUCUCCUGUCAGCGGUCCUACCCAACGCCUUCCGAAUGGUAAAAAAGAAGCCGCCAUCUUUCUUCGGGGCUUCGUUUCUCAUGGGCUCAUUGGGAGGGAUGGGCUACUUUGCCUACUGGUUUUUAAAAAAGAAAUAUAUGUAGUGAAUGCCCUGUUGUUGUGUUAAAUGUCUGUGUAUUUGUGUGAUGCUUCAACUUUUCUGUAAUGUUUUAUGACUGCAGGAAAAUAUAAUGAAUCUAUAUAGAGAACACUAUUAAAUACCUAGGUACACAAAGAAGUAUGAAAACAUUCCAUAGUAUGAACUGACUGACAGCACAUUAUCAAGGCCUUUGUUCCUUUUCUGAAUCUUCCUUUUCUGAAUCUUGCUGCUUUUUCGCAUGCAAGACCUCAUGUUGUUAUUUAUUCUGCUUUAUGUGUUGUUUUUUUAGAUUGAUCAUUUUCACAUUAAAACAGAAACCCAGACCAAACAUUGGGCGUAAUCAGCCUUCGCAUGUCACCAUGACAUCCGAUAAUAAUCACUCCUCCAUCCCACAGAGGCUCUAAUGCUACGUUCAGACCGCACGCUGCAGAGGCUGCAGAAGCAGCUGGUCUACAGGCAAAAUCAAUGGCUGACGCACAUCAAGGUGCAGUAAAAGGUCAUUCAGCACGUUUUGAGCAGCUCCUCAUGAGCUUCUGAGCAUCUGAUGCGCUGCAAAAGCAGCAGCUGCUGGAGUGGGCAAAAUUUAGCUUUUGCUGCUCAACACAUCAACCAAUGAGAGAAGCUGAUCUGGGAGCUGGCAGGGAGUCAGACACAGUGCUGCUGAUGCAGAGCGCUAUGAUCACUCCUCUGAAACAGUUUAUUACUUCUAAAUCGGAGGUCUUUAACAGCUUCCUCCUGCUGCUUCCUUUGUGGUCUGAAAGUAGCAUUACUGAUAAAAUCACUUCGUAUAAAUGUGAGGAAUAUGCUCUGAAAAGAGCCACAAACUGCCAUACAUUACGUCCAGGAAGGACUUUGUUCUAUUAAAGUCGUUUGCAAGAGAGUGAUUUUUAAAAACAAGGUACAAAAGGACAAACGUAGGAGUUCAGUAGCUAGCAUUAAUACCGCUAAUAGAGGAAAAGAUGACAUUUAUCUGGCUAAUUGUGCUGCAUUUGCAGCAAUGAUAAAAAAAAAGCAUUUAACAUCGCUCUGACUCCUUUUAAAGGUAUCGCCAAUUAACACGGUUAAGCUGUGUGUAUUGUUUACGGAUUA